AAGGAACAGGUUCGUAUGUUUCUGCUUCAACAAAGGAACAGAAUGCGCACAAUUGGGGUCUGUACUGCCGCUUUUGGAACUCUUGGACUAAUGCGUUUUUUUGGUAUGCCCUGGUGGUGGAGCGUUGCAGCUGCCCUGGGUAUCUACAUCGGCAGCGGCGGCUGGAGAUUCCUUCGGAUCAUCUUUAAGACUGCCUUGAGGGACCUCCUGGGCCUGUCAGUGCUUAUUCAGGUCAAGUACGAAUUGUACUGUCAUCGGAAAGCCAAAAGCAAUGUGCCCAAGAUCUUCCAGGAGAUGGUACGCCGGCAUCCGGACAAAGUAGCCCUGAUCUAUGAGGCCACUGAUGACAAGUGGACAUUCCGGCGCUUAGAUGAGUUCUCCAACUCCGUGGCCAACUUCUUCUGCCAGCAAGGCUUUCUUCCGGGUGACUCCAUUGCCAUCUUUAUGGAGAGCCGUCCGGAGUUUGUGGGCCUCUGGUUAGGGAUGGCCAAAGUGGGCAUCGAGGCGGCCCUCAUCAACUUCAACUUGCGCCUCGAUUCACUGAUGUACUGCGUGAAAACCUCAGGGGCCAAAGCCCUCAUUUUUGGCGGGGAGCUGUCAGCAGCGGUCGCUGAGGUGAAUGGCAUGCUGGGUAAAAAUAUGGUCAAGUUCUGUUCUGGAGACAUGAACCCUGAAUCCGUUCCUUCGGACACCAAGCAUCUGGAUCCUCUUCUGGCUCAAGCAUCCAAAUCUCCUUUGGCUCAGGUUUCACCUAAGGGAUUGGACGAUCGACUGUUCUACAUCUACACCUCUGGCACAACUGGAAUGCCAAAGGCCGCCAUUGUAGUGCACAGCAGAUAUUACCGAAUAGCAGCUUUUGGAUAUUAUGCCUACAGAAUGACUCCCAAUGACAUAAUCUAUAACUGCCUACCACUGUACCACUCAGCAGGUGUGGAAGGCAAAGCUGGAAUGGCAGCAAUUGCUGACCCAGAAACCAAACUGAACCCCAACGUGCUGUACCAGGAAAUGCAGAAAGUGCUACCCCCCUACGCACGGCCCAUCUUCCUUCGACUCUUGCCUCAGGUCGACACCACAGGCACUUUCAAAAUCCAGAAGACCCGUUUGCAAAGGGAAAGCUACAAUCCACACCAAACCUCCGAUCGGUUAUAUUUCUUGGAUGUAAAACUUGGCAAGUACCUACCGGGCUGGAUCUAGACUCAUGCUUGAGAGAACAUCUAGGCUAGGAAGGUGUCUCUCAGGAUCAGACAUCAGCAAAAAGCUCUACCUGCUGGAGAGCUGGUUGCUGGGAAACCUUGCCUGGGCAGAGACACAGACUUGGCUAGAAAAGGCAAAGUGAGAGUUUCGUUCACAAAAUCUAUAGCAGAGACAAAACCAGCCAAGGCGUGGGGGUGGGCUUUUCUUCCUCUUUUUCAAAAAGCACAGUAACCGUUUCCUGGGUCAAAAACGUGGCCAUUUUCUACCGUCCAAUCUUUAGAAUGGUUUACUUGGUCACAACCAUGGCACUGGGAUACUUCAUACCUAACAGGAACAGCUGAUGAAACUGUAUCGUAACCUUUAAAGCCCUCGAUGUGAUGGGUGUUAACUGAGCCAGCAAUAGCCUUAUUCCGUGUCUUGACACUGUUCCACUCCUUGGAGGCAGCAGCAUGAUUACUGUUGUCAAACCGUCCAGUUCUGGGAUUUCCAUACUCCUAAUUUUCACUGUAGACUGUCAGUCAUCAUCACUGGGAAAGCUGCCCUUGCAUUUAUACAGUGGCUGGCUGGCAACAUCUCUUCAUCUAGUCUUAUCUUUUUAAACCUGACCAUUUUGAUUUAAAUAUUUGAAGGCUAUUGUGGAAAACCAAAAAGGAAGUUAGGCAUAGAAAAAUGCCCUUUGCUCUUGAUGACCUGCCUGAAGAUCUCUGUGCUGUUCAAAAAGUCCAGGCUUCUACAAAUGUCUGCAUUGUGCAUUUGCAGGAAGGAAGCAGCCUAUAUCUUCUUGCUUCAUCUGCUUAAGGGCAUGCUGUGCAAAUGGCAGUUCUUGGCACACAGUUGUGAAGUUACUGAGUUGUGGUCAUCUGGAAUUUCAAGAAAAUGGUUUAAUAUUACUAAAUAAUGUGAUGCUUACUCAGUCUGGCUGACCUGGGCUCCUUUUUGAAGGAGGUACAGGAUAACUGAUCAAAGGGAUUUGCAACAUAAUGUUGAACCGUGUUCAACUGUUCUGCUUUUUUCACCCCAGAUGCAUCAUUUAUACUUGGCACACUACUUCCAAAAAAGAAGGGGAAAUCUGUGGAGUCUUCUGGGUGGCCGUGUGAUAGAAGGCUAUUACUGGUUUCCCUCUGAAAACAAUUGAUGUGGGAGGACAUUAAAUCUUUUACACUAACUUA